AUGGGCGUCGGGGAAAUUGAGCUUCGAAAGCGCUUGUGGUGGUCGGUCUACGUACUUGAUAGAUUAACUUCGAUUCUACAUGGAAUACCUCCGCUUAUCAACGACGUCGAUGUUGACAAUGACUUGCCCAUUGAUUGUCAUCUUCAUGACCUGGAGGCCAGCGAGCUCUCCCACCCCUUGCCCGGGGAACGAACGGGCAUAUUUGUGUUCCUACAAUACGUAAGUCUCGGCAGGAAACUUUCAAGGGUUCUCGAUCUUCUCUAUACAACCACCCAACGUCGUGAUGGCGCACGAAAAAUCACUGAACUAGAUCGCGACCUCCGCGUCUGGAUUCAAAAUCUCAAAACGAGUGGCAUCAAUCUCGAUAUCGGGAGCACAAACUUUCAGCACUCAGUCGACAUUUCCGUUCAACCUUACGAAAACGCAACUAUAUGGCUCCAGCUCAUGUCAAGCAUAACUAUGAAUUUCAUACAUCGCCCUGGCCUCUCUUUUGAUGACACAACGGCAGACUUUGGAAUAUGUCUUAGGGCAUGUCUCGAUUCCAGCACUACUAUCUUGUCACUGAUCGAAGCAUUACAAGUUCCCAGAUGGCUUCGAAAUUUGAGCCUGAUCGGGCCCGCUACAGUAUUUCAGUCUUCACUCGUCCACAUUUAUUCACAUCUCAAAUACACCAUAUCUAAGCCAGAUUGGCUCCCAUCGCUUGAUACCAGUAUGGGGGUGAUCUCGAAGGGGGUCUCUUUAUUGAAAUCAGACGCCCAGAGUUCUUUGGUCAAUCAAGCAACGGGGAAUUUCUACCGCCAAUCUCUGCGCGAAAUAACCGAGACCUUGGAAACAUUACUCUCGUCAUUGCCUAUGGUGUCGCAAAGCUUCCUAGGUCCCGACUCAGUGGUGAACGAUGGUGCUCCUACUACUAACGACACUCUCGAUGAACAAUACUGGGGUGGCAAUGCGCUGGACGCUUUGAACUAUAUGAAUGCUUUUGAUUGGAUGGGCAACCCUUCGAGCCCAUUCAUGGGUUUUAUGGAUUUUGGUGGAUCCCUAGACAGCGAAGGCCAAUCCCUCUAA